AUGUCUCUCGCUAUCUCUAUUUCUCUUCUUCUAUUUUUAUUCCCUAUAAAUUCACCCAAUCCAUCAAGCUCUAACUUUCUGGAUAUUGGCACAACUUAUCAAGCAGUGGACUACGGUAUUGCAACUGAUCAACAUCAGCAAUGUAUUGCGUGGAAGCUGUGGUGGAAAACUCAGAAAUCGUUACAAGAUCCAUCUGCUUCUGAUAUAGACUUAUUGGCUUUGCGAAGGGCAGAAGUCUGGAUCAGAAAUGAGAAUGAUGCGGAAAAAUAUGAUGUUCCAGUAGAAUUGCUUCAGAACUUUUCGACAAUCCGGAUAGUCUUCCGAAAUGUUUGUCGUCUUUUUCCUCGUGUCCUCCAGAUAUCUUCGCCACUAGCAGCCCGUCGUAGUCGUAUUACUCUCGAUGUCCUCUGUCAGACAUACAACUAUUCGGAUCCAGAAGCCAAUGAACUCGUUCUUAACAACUAUGAAGAAGCGCAGGAAAAUGCCAUUGGAAUAGAUCAACUCUUGUUUCUCGAUCAUCAAUCUGUGAUGAUAGUCAUGCCAGCUGCUUGUAAUUCCAGUGAGAACGAUGAGAAGGAGAUAGCAAAGCAAUAUUAUUUAGAAAAAUACGGAGAUUUCUCAUUCAAUGUUAGUAAUCUGAAUAUUGAAAUGGAUAAAUUACACGAAAUGGUUCAUGAUUUAAAACCAUUGGAUCAAAUUAUGAGUGAAAAUCUUGGUUUGGAUUAUCAACGUCCUCUGCCAUCAUCUACAAUUCUUCCAUUUCUUCGAAAAAUUGAAUACGAUGCUCGUCAACCUCCAACCCUUCAUGUCGAUGAUACAGUAACUGUGAAAGUUGGUAUAUCGGUUCAAUCUAUGAGCAAUUUUGAGCUCUCUACAAUGGAUUACGAUUUGGAUGCGUGGGUCCGAAUGUCAUGGAUCGAUCCUAGGCUCCGUCAUGAUCUAUCUCGCCCAAUUCUAGUAAACGACUAUACGUUUCUGAAAAUGAUUUGGAGACCUGACCCGAUUUUCACCAAUGCAAAAUACUCGACAUUUCACAAAGUGACAUAUCUGAAUUUCUAUUUAUUCAUAUUCCCAGAUGGGAAGAUUUUCAUGGAUAUGAGAGUUUAUCUGAAACCAACUGCAGCUCAAAUUGUCCUUUGCAAAUAUCCACAUGAUAAUCCAGCAGUGUCACUGAAAAUCAGUUCAAUGGGAUUCACACAAGAUGUUGUAAAACUGGAGUGGUUCUCUAACUCUAACGACGCUAUUCGGAUUGAGAAAAACGUUCGAAUUCCUGAAUUGAGCAUCAGACAUCUUCAUCCAGAUAUAUGUAACGGCGUAAGAAAAUCAGGAGUGUAUUCUUGUUUGGAAGCCAAAUUUUAUAUGCAUCGAGAAGUUGGUUAUCAUAUUGCAAAUACUUACAUUCCAACUGCAAUCUGUGUUGUAUUCUCAUGGAUUUCCGUUUGGCUUCCAGAAGAAUUUGUAGAAGGUCGAAUCUUCGUAUCCCUAACUGUAUUUUUGACACUCUCCGCGGAAAACAACUCAGCAAAAGAGGAACUCCCAAAAGUCUCUUAUGUGAAAGCCAUCGACAUUUGGUUUGGAUUCACUUCAACGUUUGUAUUCGUUACAAUGCUUCAAGCUCUUGUUGUCAUCUCAUUAGAGCACAACAGUAAACGUUUGAGACUGAAAUCUGAAAGUAAUCUUGAUGGAUACAGUAAGUAUCAAGUGACAAAAUCAAUGCUUUUAAGUCGAUACUACCAUCGGAUGGCUCGACAGAUUGACACAUUUUGCAAAGUGAUGUAUCCAGUGAUUUUUAUUCUGUUCCUGAUGUUUUAUGUUUUUGUAAUCACUCAGGGAGAUGAGAGAAAAUAUUGGAGUAUCUCCCUCAGAUGA